AUGGACCUCCAUCGCUGCCGCUUCGUCCCCUACCCUCCCUCUGCCAUCAACGCUCUCGCAUUCUCUCACCCUUCGCCGCGCUCAAAGCUCCAUGCCUCGCUUUCGCGUCUGGCAGUAGGACGUGCCAAUGGCGAUAUCGAGAUCUGGAACCCUCUCUCGGGUGCCUGGCACCAAGAGACUGUCCUACGAUCUGGCGCAGACCGCUCCGUCGACGGCCUUGUUUGGGUCACCGAGCCCGACGACGAUACUUCUCUUCCCUCUGCAGUCAUCCCCGGCCGCUCUCGCCUUUUCAGCAUCGGAUACACCUCUGCUGUGACCGAAUGGGACCUCGAAACCGGCCGUCCUCUGCGCCACGCGAGUGGUCAGCACGGCGACAUCUGGUGCUUGGCCGCCCAGCCUCCUGCCUCUCCCUCUGAGCCCGUAACUCGUCUCGUCGCCGGCACCAUUGACGGUGUCCUCGCUCUCUACUCUGUCGAAGACGGUGAGCUGCGCUUCCAGCGCUUGCUCGUCAAGUCGCCCACCAAGAAGGCUCAAAUGGUCAGCAUCGCUUUCCAGUCCCGCCACGUCGUUGUCGUCGGCUGCUCCGACAGCACCCUCCGCGCCUACGACAUGCGCAACGGUUCGAUGCUACGUAAGAUGGCCCUUGGUGCCGACUUGGCCGGUGGAGCAAAGGAUAUCAUCGUCUGGAGCGUCAAGGUUCUGCCUUCCGGAGACAUCGUUUCCGCUGACUCGACCGGUCAGGUAUGCAUCUGGGACGGCAAGACCUACACUCAGAUGCAGCGCAUCCAGAGCCAUAGACAGGAUGUUCUCAGUCUUGCCGUCAGCGCCGACGGCACCGCCAUCAUGAGCGGUGGUAUGGACCGCCGCACCGUUCUCUACAAGAAGACCUCGGGCUCGGGUGCCAGAUGGGGCAAGGUCUGGAGCAGGAAAUACCACGAGCACGACGUCAAGGCCAUGGCCUCGUUUGAGAGCAUCAAGAUGAGCGUUGUCGUUUCAGGAGGCCCCGACGCAUCUCCCGUCGUCCUUCCCCUCAAGGAGCUCGGCCGCGAGAACCACAGGACGCUCCCGAACCUUCCCCAGACCCCACCUCUUGCCAGCGCCGCGUCUGCGAGACUGCUUGUCAGCUGGUGGGACAGAGAAGUCCACGUCUGGAAGCUUCAAAAGACCUUUGACGGCCUCUACGGCGACGGCACUGACCUCGACAAGGAUCUCGAGAAGAACCGCAAGCUCCUCAAGACCAUUCUCAUCAAGGGCGAGUCCAACAUCACCUCGGCGACUAUCACCAACGACGGCUCCCUCCUCGUUGUCGCUACCUCCACCGAUGUCAAGGCCUUCCACCUGCAGCACGACAACCCUACCAAGCCCUCGGACGUUAAGCUCGCCCAGAUCGUCCUCCCCAAGCCCUUCUCCUCCAACGGCGCCAGCAAGGUCGUCCUGUCUCCCAACGGCAGCUACCUCGCCGCCGUUCAGGACGGUUCCAAGGUGCUCGUCGCCAGCAUCACCCGCGAGGACGACGGUGCCGUCACCGUCCAGAAGCCCCGCAUCGUCAACCGCCUCCGCCGCAACAUCCCCAAGCACCAGUCCCUGGGCGGCCUCGGCAACUACGAGAGGAGUAUCACCCACCUUGCCUUCUCCCCCGACAGCCGCAUGCUCGCAUCUACGGAUCUGGCCGGCUACAUUGACACAUGGGUCCUUGGCAACGGCAACGCCUCCAAGGACGCGUCAGCGUCAGACAGCGAGGACGACGACGAGUCGUCUAACGAGCAGGAGACCGCUGCUUCCGCAGACGGGAAGCGUUGGAUUCGUAAUCCCACCGCAGCUCUCCUCCCUAAACUUCCCGCGCCUCCCGUCGUGCUCUCCUUCUCAGACGACGUAACCACCAGCAGCGACGACGCCUCCACCCCAGAGUACACGCUCGUCGCCGUCACCACGUCAUGGCACAUCCUCGCCUUCAACCCAACCGCAGGCUCCCUGACCGCCUGGUCCCGCCGUAACCCCGUCUCCCGUCUGCCCGCGACGAUCCGCGACACCCGCGACCUGGCCAAGGGUCUUCUCUGGCAAGGACCGCGCGUCUGGAUCUACGGUGUGUCGUUCCUCUUCAUGCUCGACCUCUCCCUCAACCUCGCAGCGCCCACAAACAACACCGACGCCGACACCGCGCUCGUGCACAACACGACGCAGCUCCAGCAGCAGCAGCAGCAGCAGCACGGCACGAAGCGCAAGCGCAAGGGCGUCGAGAGCGGUGCCGGCGCGCGUAUGGACAUAGGAGCCAUCGUGCCCUCACAGGUGGACCGCUUCGUCGCCUCCAAAUCUGGUAAACAAUGGCAGGACGACAUCGAGGCUUCCGCCGGCCCGGACGCAAUGGACGUUGACGGCGACAACAACGCGGCCAACGGCAACGACAGCGACUCGGACUCGGACUCGGAAGAAACCAGCGAGACCGAACUCGCGGCCCUCCGCAACCGCAACCAGGAGACCCAGACCGAAGAAGGCGCCGACGGAAAGACGCGGUGGUGGUACACUUACAAGUACCGUCCCAUCCUAGGCAUAGCCCCCCUCUCCACACCCACCGCCGACGAGCAGCAGCAGCAGCAGGCCACCAGCACCAGCACCCCGUCCCUCGAGGCCGUCCUCGUCGAGAGGCCGAUCUGGGAGGUGGACCUGCCCGAGCGCUACUUUGGCGCCAACGAGUGGGAGAGGUGA